UUUACCCGUCGUCUCUUCCUCCUUCCACCGCCGCCCAACUCUCCCUCCGCUUCCCACUCCGAUCUCCAAUCCUUCCUCCAAUACGCGACACGCACAAAUCUCCCUACUGCCAGUACACUCUACCAAGGCACCCACUACGAAUACACCGUGCAGAAACACCUGCGCCGCGCAGGGUUCAAUCUUUACCGGAUCGGCGGACGCGAUGACGCGGGCAUCGAUCUCACGGGGACAUGGCACGCUGCGGGGCCGGUGACGAGUCCUGCGGUCCGGGCAGUGGUGCAAUGCAAGGCGCUGAAGACAAAGAUUGGGCCGAGCGUUGUGCGGGAGGUGGAGGGGGUUGCGGCGGCGGCGGCGGCGGCGGCGGCGGCGCAGGGACGGGUUGUCGGGGUGGUGGUGAGUCCGCGGGAGGCGACAAAGGGGGUACGGGGUGCAUUGGGGCGGAGUACGGUGCCGUUGGUGUGGAUGAUGAUGGAGAGGGAUGGCAGGUUAAGGCAGGUUUUGUGGAAUGCGAGGGUGCAGGAGGAGCUGGGGAUGGCGGGGUUGGGGGUUGAGGUGCGGUAUUCGAUUGCGCGGGGGGAGAAGGAGGAAGAGGUUGCUUUGACGUGGGAAGGGGGGGAGGUCUUGGGGAUGGAUGAGGUUGAGGAGCAGAUGCAACGGUUGGGAGAGCAGUGGAUGGAGCGAUGGGAGGAAGAUGGAGUGGUGGGCUUGUCCAAGGAGGAGAUGUUGGAUGUGGUGGAGAGGUUGGUUCCUGGGACGAGGCCGUUGAUGCUC